AAAACUGCGGAAGCGGAAACGCGGCGUCGUGUCCUCCUCCCCCAUCCUGGAAGAUUCCUGGACAUCUGCUCUGGUCUCGGUGGUUUGAAUCUCCACCUCCCUGCCAGAUACCAUGACGUCCUCCAUGCUCCGCCGACAGCUGAAGAACCUGGUCCAGAACUAUUCUGAGGCUGAGGUCAAGGUCAGAGAGGCAACAUCCAACGACCCCUGGGGCCCCUCCAGCACCCAGAUGGCCGACAUCUCUGACCUGACCUACAACGUGGUGGCCUGCAACGAGAUCAUGACGAUGCUCUGGAAACGGCUGAAAGACGACAAGAACUGGAGACACAUACACAAGUCGCUGACACUCCUGGAGUACCUGUUAAAGACCGGUGAUGAUCGUGUGCUUCUGAAAAUGAAAGACAACAUCUACAUCGUCAAAGCCCUCACAGAGUACCGCUUCGUAGAGAAGGAUGGCAAAGAUCAGGGUGUGAACGUGAGAGAAAAGGCCAAAGUUGUCCUUGUUCUUAUGGAGGAUGAUGACAAACUGAAGGAAGAGAGAGACUUUGCUGUUAAAACCAGAGAAAAGACAUCAAAAAGUUCUGCAGCCUCAUCUGCGGACAGCAUCAAGGAUCCUAGUUACAAGCCGUGCUACGUUCCCGGAGCCACCGGGCUUCCAUCCUUGGACAACAUACCUUCAGUAGCUGACUUGACUGCUUCCUUUGCUGCCCGCAAAGAGGAGCGACUUAAGCAAGAAUUUGAGAAAAAAGAAGCUGAGAGAAGGGCCAAGCUGAGUGAAGAUGAGCUGCAAUGGGAGGAUGCAGGCAAAGCCAAUAACGUUAAAGCUGAUGCUUGGAGUGGAGAUAAAGCAGAGGAGGAAGCAAAACCAGACCCAUGGGGGUCACAAAAAGAACCGAAAGACGCCACAGGUCCAUGGGGUGCACCCACAAGCCCUGACAAAACUGAAACAGCAGCUAGCAGUGAUCCAUGGGGGGCUCCAACUAAAACUAAUGAAGAUCCGUUUGCAGCGAAACAAACUGAUGAAGAUCAGUUUUCACCACCAAAGAAUGGAGAAGAUCCUUUUGCUGAACCUGAUCCUUUUGCUGCAUCGAAUGAUGACCCCUUCAAUGCCCCAAAAGACACUUCAGACCCCUUCAAUGCACCCAAAGACAAAGAGGAUCCAUUUGCUGCUCCAAAAGAUGGACCAGAUCCAUUCAGUUCCUCUAACAAUGAUCCGUUUAAUACACCCAAAGAUGAUCCAUUUAAAACUCCGAAAGAUGAUCCGUUUAAUGCCCCAAAAGAUGAUCCGUUUAAUGCCCCGAAAGAUGAUCCAUUUAAUGCUCCAAAAGAUGAUCCAUUUAAUGCUCCAAAAGAUGAUCCAUUUAAUGCUCCAAAAGAUGACCCUUUCAGCACCCCAAAAGAUGACCCAUUUAACGCCCCAAAAGAUGAUCCUUUCAGUGCACCAAAGGAUGACCCAUUCACUACCGCAAAAGAUGAUCCCUUCACUGCUCCGACGACGCCACCUAAAGAAAAUCCUUUCUCAGCACCAACCAAACCUGCACAAGACGACCCCUUUGCUGCCCCAACAAGUCCCCCUAAAGAGGAUCCUUUCUCUACACCAUCUAAACCUACAAAGGACGAUCCUUUUGCUGCCCCAACAAGUCCCCCUAAAGAGGAUCCUUUCUCAGCACCGACCAAACCCUCACAAGAAGACCCUUUCACUGCCCCAGCAACGCCGCCGAAAGAAGAUCCUUUCUCUGCACCGACCAAACCUUCACAAGACGACCCUUUUGCGGCACCGACAACGCCUCCAAAAGAAGACCCUUUGUCUUCACCACCCAAACCUACAAAGAAUGAUCCCUUUGAUGCACCAGCAACACCCCUGAAAGAGGACCCAUUUGCAAUGCCAUCCAGUCCCCCAAAAGAUGAUGCUUCAGAUCCCUUCAAUGCCCCUCCAGUGAGCUCACCUCAAGGUGGGGCAGAUACAUGGGGGGCACCUGCCAGUUCUCCACCUGGCACUGGGUCAGAUCCCUGGGGGGCACCAUCUGCUGCAAAUGAGACAAAAGGUGGAGAUCCCUGGGGGAAUGGUGCAAGUGCCUCCUCACCUGCUGAUAAUGCUGAUCCUUUUGGCGAUGCGUCCAAAACAGACGAUGACCCAUGGGGUGCUCCAGCUUCAGCUCCGGCCAACACUGACGAUGCGUGGGGUUCACCUGCUCCUCCCUCAGACUCCUCCCCGUCCAGUGACCCCUUUGGAGAUGGAACCUCUAAAAGCAGCGAUCCCUGGGGUGCACCAAGCAAUACGAGUGGUAAUGGCACAGGAAAGCGAACAGUGUGGGAAGAGGAGAUGUACAGAAAGACUGCUUCAUUCUUGGGCUCUGCAGGGGCGUCGUUGGUUGGCCUAGACGACCUGAUUUCCUCCAACCCCAAACCCCGACAGCGGCCCCCCGUCAACACAAUCGCCCCCCAAACACAAGCCAUUGGCUCUCUCAAAGCGAGGGGCAUUUCAUCCACAUCCACCCCACACUACAACCUUUUUGGUUCCCCUCUGGUGCCCUCCCAUGGUGCACCCUUCCAUACUUUUGGAGCUGCCAGUGAACAUAACCUGGGAGGGUCUCGUUCUGCCGUCGGUACACUUCAGGUGGCUCCAGUACAACCCACUUCUGUCACAGGGAGUCUACAGAUGGGACUUAACAUGAGCUCCCCCUGUGGAGGAGUGGGGAUGGUGCAGUUUGGAUAUCCAGGAAUGGUUCAGUCCAGUUUAUUCGAGGGUUGUGUUGGAAGUUCCCCUCUACAAACUGGAGUCUUCUCAGGCAGCAAGUCAGAGGAGAACAAAAACAGCAAUCCAUUCCUGCUCUGACAUCUAGACAUGCGAUGUUUCUUUCAAAAGUCCAAAUAGAAAUUUAAUUAGGAUUUGGGGGAAGGUAAUUAAAGCAGCAACAGUUUCAUGAGGCAGGUGUGUCUACUUGCAGAGAUGAAUUUUUUAGCGCAACAUUUCGGUGCUCGAUCUUCAUCAGGCACUAUCUGCGAUGUCUCUUUGCAAGUUAGACACGAUCACGUAAAGCACCACACAAGGAAGCUUCACAUGUUUUAGCUCUCUUGUGUAUAAAUGAAAACCAUCCUGACUUUAACAAAACAGCAAUAAGAUGCCAGAUUUCUACCGCUGUAGCUCACAGGUAGCCGUGGUUUCUGUUCAUCACGUCAUGAAAACCAGGAGAGGAAGGCUUAACGCAAGACAUGUUUUAGUUUUCUUCAAGGACAUGUUAGAAUCUGGAUAAAGGAUUGACUGCAUUUCACAAGUUUUCUUUUUCUUGCCAGUUGUCAAAGUUUCCUUCAAAGCACCAAGAAGGGACACUUUAAAAUACUGCAGCAAGAAUGUCUGCUUGAAGCUACAACAAUUCCUCUUCUUUUUACUAUGAAGCAGUCUAAAUGUUGGCAGGAUGGACUUGAAUUAGCAGCUGCCUGCAAAUCUGGAAGCAAUUCAAAUGACGUGAUACACUUGAGGUAAUGAGCAGUCGUAUGUGUGUGGUUUUUGCAUGUUGAUUUAAGGGCCAAAACAUGCAAAAACCACCUGAUGAUCUUUGAAUCAAACCCUCCAGCACCCUGAGCUCGUCCCACCACCAGCCCUUGAAAUGCAGAAACAUGCAUCUAAUAAAAUACGCAUAAAUGACAUGUAUACAGCUUAAUAUAUGUUAACAGAUAUACGCGCAAAAAUGUAUGGGUUUUUUUUGUCUGAGAAGCAGAGAGCACCCAAGUGUGAGUGUCUGUGGAAACCCUGAGGAAUUACUGUGUAUGUGAGUGUUGUGUGACUCUGUGAAGGAAAACACGUCGCUGUAGGUUUUCAUUACGUGUGCAUGUGUUUGUACCAGGCGGACUGUGUGUGCACAGUGUGCAGUACAUAUACAGUAUAUAUAUUGUGCUGAUGUAAAUAGUGGAAGUACUUAACAGAUAAACCUUGAAAUAUACUGUAUAUCAGAGUGUUACAAUCACCAGUAACUAUUUAUUGAUCUAUUUAUUGAUUGAUUUAUUGCUUGCUUGAGUAUAUAUCGGCCUCGAACAGACAAAUCCAGGUGAACUUUGAUGACAGCGUCGCUCUCAGGUGGUCGGCCUGAUGGCAUCAAUCACAUGUGAAGUGAAAGGCAAUUAACCCUCCCGUUGUCUUCAUUUAUGGGCACCAAAAAAUAUUGUUUCCUUGUCUGAAAAAAAUCAAAAAAAUCAGCAAAAAAAUUCCACAAAUUUCUGAAAAUUUGCAAAACCUUCAGGAAGAAAAUUCCAAUAAUUUCUUAAUGUUUUAUUUUUUAAAAAUCCCCCAAAUUUGGCAAGAAAAUUCUUGUAAACAUUUUCAAAAAAAUUCCCAUAAAAUCCUAAAAAUAUCUAAAGUGAUUCCAUAUAUAUCAGUAAAACUUCUAAUAUUUUCUUUAAGAACAUUCACAUAAAAAUCAACCAAAAUCCAGCGAAUUUCGUUGGAUUUUGGUUGAUGUUUAUGUGAAUGUUCUUAAGAAACAUUUUUAACGUUUCUUUUUUCCACCAAAAAAUGUUCAAAGAUUUCCCAAAAAUGUUGAAAAUGUGGACAUCAGAAGUUUCACUGUGAAAAUAUUUUUUUCCCCACAUUUUCAAACUUUAAAACUUUAAAAAUCAAUUUUGACCUGCAGGGCGACACGAGGGUUAGUCCGAUUCAAAAACCGCUUCAAGGAUCAACUCAGUAACCGACAGUGGCUUUAUCUUCCCUGUUAGGGUUUGUAGUCGUUCUGGAUUCGUUGUGGAAUCGUCUCCUGUGUAUGUCCCGGCAUUUGACUGGAAACACAAACAUAUUACUGUAUUCUGUUUAGCUGCGGUGUCAGCUAAAUAAAAACCGAAUUUGAACAUAUCAGCUUCUUUCAUGUGCAUGCUGUCUGAGCGGAUCCCGGAUGUGAGCAGAGCCGCCCCUCGUUUAUUUGGUUUGUGACUAAUAAAAUGAGAAGUGAAAGGUAAAUAAAAGGCCUCCCAACGUUUUUGACAGUAGCAGGACUAACUGUAGUUCAUUAGUUGUGAAAACGUCAGUAAAUCAAAGCCACACUGGAAGCAGAGAAGACCGAAGUUCAUGGGCCUGUACUCGUGUGUUUUCCGUUAAAAAAUGAAGAAAAUAGACUGAAAGAACAGUUUAGCUUCACUGGAUUACAGUGAAAAAGGAUCAGAAUGACUCUUACUGUUAUUAUUUCUCAGAUUUAAUUUUGUAUGACAUGAAUUUAUUUUGCCGUGUAUUUAAAUUUAAAGCUGUGUUGUAAACUGUGACAGUAUACAGUACGUUUGAGAAAUAAAAUGAUACACAAAGCUGCUGUCUGUUCAGCACA